CCCCACAUCUGCUUGCUUAGUUAACCUUGGCAGCUGUAAAGGGUUUCUAGGCAAAAUAACGGGAAGGUAUUUUCUCUAAGUGCCACAAAUACAAUAACCUGAAUUUAGCAAAAUGAAGCCAAGCAGGGGAGUCAGUUGGCAAUUGAUAUCUUCACCUCCUUGCGCACCCUGAUGACUGGAGGGCUUUCAAAGUUGAUUUAAAGUUGAUGUUUGUCACCGUAACCCGUGCCUAGUGCAAUAAGCAGAGUCGUCAACACUUAGCCGCCAGUCUGCGGGGCUGAGGCGUGCUAAAUAUUUAGUCCUUGGGAACUUUUCAAUGCUGAAAGCAAACUAUGGAGGAUAUAAAAGGAAGGAGCACUUAAGAAGAUCCCAGAGCCCGAAGAAGAUGGGUUUCUGAAUGGUGCUGCUGUCCCUGCUGUCCUUGCUGAUUUUGAUAUGGUGCAUUUGGACCAAAAUGGCAGAUUCUCACCCGCCGAAGCAGAUCAGGUCAGAGAUGGAGCAACCAAGUCCAGAACCACGAGCAGUCUCUGAAAACAAGCAGCAGCUGUCGAAAGCAUCAACGCGUGAACCGCAGGAGAGCUCAGUGACCCAGCCAUCAUUUGCUGGGACCACGCUGGGUUUGGAGGAGAUUGUCAUGGAAGCCAGUAAACAACCCGCAGAAAGGCCUUUGCAGGACAAGCCUCCCAGUGUCCCUUCGCCCUCGGGUUCACCAGGCCUAGCAGUUCCAGCCAGCAGUGGCCCAAGGCCUGUAUCCCGCGGGUCUCUUCCUUCCUUAAAUAAAGAGCUAAAGCCAGCGAGGUCCUGCUCCAGGGACGAGCAGGAGCAGCUGAUGGAGCCAAGACAGGCCCAGCUCAAAAGACAAGGCAUGGCCAAGUUCGUGCUGGGAUCUUUCGAGGAUAACUCCUCCGAUGACGAGGUCGUCUCUGGCUCCUUCAAGGUCACGAGCAGAAGAGGCAGUAUGGUGAGCGGGGCCAGCUCCUCCUCUUUUGAGUCCUUCUCAGUCACUUCCCUCCUGGAGUCAAGAUCUUUCUCCACUGUCAUGAGGCCCAGCAUGUCAGGACUGCACUUGAUCAAGAAAGGCCGGGAGCAGAAGAAGCUGGAUCUCCACCGGGACUUCACCGUCGCCUCGCCUGCUGAGUUUGUGACGCGCUUUGGAGGGAACCGUGUCAUUGAAAAGGUCCUGAUUGCAAACAAUGGCAUUGCUGCUGUCAAAUGCAUGCGCUCCAUCCGCCGGUGGGCCUACGAAAUGUUUCGGAAUGAGCGAGCAAUUAGGUUUGUUGUCAUGGUUACACCUGAAGACCUUAAGGCAAAUGCAGAGUACAUCAAAAUGGCCGAUCACUACGUGCCUGUUCCUGGGGGAGCCAACAACAACAACUACGCCAAUGUAGAGCUCAUUGUGGACAUCGCCAAACGAAUUCCAGUGCAGGCGGUGUGGGCUGGCUGGGGACAUGCUUCAGAGAAUCCUAAGCUUCCAGAGCUGCUGCAGAAAAAUGGGGUGGCUUUCCUCGGUCCUCCCAGUGAUGCCAUGUGGGCCUUGGGAGAUAAAGUGGCUUCCACCAUCAUAGCACAGACAGUUCAGAUCCCCACAUUACCGUGGAGUGGAAGCGGUCUGGUGGCAGAGUGGAGCAAGGAGGAUCACGAGCAGCAGAGGACCAUCAGCGUCCCCCUGGAGAUUUACGGACAGGGCUGCGUGAAGGAUGUGGACGAUGGCCUGGAGGUGGCCAAGAGGAUCGGCUUCCCCGUGAUGAUAAAGGCUUCCGAAGGCGGCGGGGGCAAAGGGAUUCGCAAAGUAGAGACUGCGGAGGAGUUUGCCAGCCGCUUCAGACAAGUACAGGGCGAGGCCAUCGGGUCCCCCAUCUUCGUGAUGAAAUUAGCACAGCACGCACGACACCUGGAGGUCCAGGUCCUCGCCGAUCAGUACGGGAACGCAGUUUCGUUGUUCGGCCGUGACUGCUCCAUCCAGCGCCGACAUCAGAAGAUCAUCGAAGAGGCUCCGGCCACGAUAGCCGCUCCCGCCGUGUUUGACUUCAUGGAGCAGUGUGCCGUGCGCCUCGCGAGGAUGGUGGGUUACGUGAGCACAGGGACAGUCGAGUACCUGUAUAGUGAGGACGGGAGCUUCCACUUCCUGGAGCUGAAUCCCCGCCUGCAGGUCGAGCACCCCUGCACGGAAAUGGUUGCAGAUGUGAACUUACCUGCUGCUCAGCUGCAGAUUGCAAUGGGUGUCCCCUUGCACCGCAUAAAGGACAUUCGAGUCCUGUACGGAGAGGCCCCGUGGGCUGACAUGCCCAUCUGCUUUGAGAAUCCGGUAAAUGCCCCAGCGCCGAGAGGCCACGUCAUCGCUGCCAGAAUCACCAGCGAAAACCCCGAGGAGGGUUUCAAGCCAAGCUCGGGGACGGUGCAGGAGCUGAAUUUCCGAAGCAGCAAGAAUGUCUGGGGCUAUUUCAGCGUGGCAGCAGCCGGUGGCUUGCAUGAGUUUGCCGAUUCCCAGUUCGGGCACUGUUUCUCCUGGGGGGAGAACCGCGAGGAAGCCAUCUCGAACAUGGUUGUAGCAUUGAAAGAGCUGUCGAUCCGAGGGGAUUUCAGAACAACAGUCGAGUAUCUGAUCAAGCUGCUGGAGACCGAGAGCUUUCAGAACAACGAGAUUGAUACUGGCUGGCUGGACCACCUGAUCGCUGAGAAAGUGCAGGCCGAGAAGCCUGACACCAUGCUGGGUGUUGUCUGCGGCGCUCUGAACAUAGCCGAUGCCUUGUUCCGGACCUGCAUGACCGAAUUCUUGCAUUCACUUGAAAGGGGGCAGGUGCUGCCAGCAGAUUCCCUGCUGAACAUUGUAGAUGUGGAGCUCAUUUCGGAAGGGGUGAAGUACGCUGUCAAGGUUGCCCGUCAGUCUCCGACAACAUACAUCAUCAUCAUGAAUAACACCUACCUUGAGAUUGAUGUGCACAGCUUGAAUGAUGGUGGGCUGCUCCUGUCCUACGAUGGUAACAGUUACACUACGUACAUGAAGGAGGAAGCAGACCGAUACCGAAUCACCAUCAGUAAUAAAACAUGUGACUUUGAGAAGGAGAAAGAUCCGACUGUGCUGAGAUCACCCUCUGCUGGAAAACUGCUGCAGUACCUUGUGGAAGACGGAGGCCACAUCUGCAUGGGGCACAGUUUUGCAGAGAUUGAGGUGAUGAAAAUGAUCAUGCCCCUGACUGUAGAAGAAUCUGGUCACAUACAUUAUAUAAAGCGGCCAGGAGCGUUGCUGGAGGCAGGCUGUGUCAUAGCCAGGCUUGAGUUGGAUGAUCCUACCAAAGUGCAUCCAGCCCAGCUGUACAGAGGUGGCCUCCCAGCUCAGCAGACAUUGCCAAUCACCGGGGAGAAGCUGCACCAGGUCUUUCGUAACGUGCUGCAUAAGCUGAUCAACAUCAUGAACGGGUUCUGCUUGCCCGAGCCAUAUUUCAGCACCAGGGCAAAAGAAUGGGUGACCAAGUUGAUGAAAACCCUCCGGGACCCAUCCCUGCCCCUUCUGGAGCUGCAGGAGAUCAUGACAAGCGUCUCUGGGAGAAUCCCUCCGUCAGUGGAGAAAUCUGUACGAAAAGUGAUGGCCCAGUAUGCCAGUAACAUCACUUCUGUGCUGUGCCAGUUUCCUAGUCAGCAGAUCGCUAGCAUCCUGGACAGCCACGCAGCCACUCUGCAGAGGAAGGCAGAUCGGGAAGUCUUCUUCAUGAACACCCAGAGCAUAGUGCAGUUAGUCCAGAGGUAUCGCAGUGGCAUUCGGGGCUACAUGAAGUCAGUCGUGCUGGACUUGCUGAAGAGAUACUUGCAAGUGGAAACCCAGUUCCAGCAAGCUCACUACGACAAAUGCGUGGUCAACCUGAGGGAGCAGUACAAGCCUGACAUGACCCCAGUGCUCAAGUGCAUCUUUGCACAUGCCCAGGUGGCAAAGAAAAACCUUCUUGUGACCAUGUUGAUUGAUCAGCUCUGUGGCCGAGAACCCACCCUGACCGACGAGCUGGUGGCCAUCCUCAACGAGCUGACGCAGCUCAGUAAAACAGAGCACUCCAAAGUGGCUUUGAGAGCCAGACAGGUGCUGAUUGCGUCUCACCUCCCUUCGUACGAACUGAGACACAACCAGGUGGAGUCCAUCCUCCUCUCUGCCAUCGAUAUGUACGGCCACCAGUUCUGCCCUGAAAACCUCAAGAAACUGAUCCUCUCAGAAACCACCAUCUUCGAUGUGCUGCCCAUCUUCUUCUACCACGCGAACGAAGUGGUGCGCAUGGCAGCACUGGAGGUGUAUGUGAGGCGAGGCUAUAUUGCCUACGAGCUGAACAGCCUGCAGCAUCGCCAGCUGUCGGAUGGCACCUGUGUGGUGGAGUUCCAGUUCAUGCUGCCAUCGUCCCAUCCGAACAGAGGCUGCAUCCCUACUUUGAGCAGGAUGUCUGUCCCUAUCAGCAUAUCAAACCCAGACUUAGCCCGGCAUAGCACUGAGCUCUUUAUGGACAGCGGGUUUUCUCCUCUGUGUCAGAGAAUGGGUGCCAUGGUGGCUUUCAACAGAUUUGAAGACUUCACCAGAAACUUCGAUGAAGUGAUCUCCUCCUUUGCUGACCCACCCUCCGAGAGCCCCUUGUUCAGCGAGGUGCAAGCUACACUCUACGACGACGAGGACAACAAGAACGUCCGAGAGGAGCCGAUCCACAUCCUGAACAUCGCGAUCCAGUGCGUAGAGCACCUCGAGGAUGAGAAGCUGGUGCCCAUCUUCAGAGCUUUUGCUCAGUCCAAGAAAAACAUCCUGGUUGACUGUGGCCUCCGGAGAAUCACGUUCUUGGUCGCACAGCAGAGAGAAUUCCCGAAGUUUUUUACAUUCAGAGCAAGAGACGAGUUUGCAGAAGACCGGAUUUAUCGGCACUUGGAACCAGCCCUGGCCUUCCAAUUGGAGCUGAGCCGCAUGCGUAACUUUGACCUGACCGCUAUCCCUUGUGCCAACCACAAGAUGCAUCUCUACCUGGGGGCUUCCAAGGUGGCAGAGGGGGCAGAAGUGACUGACCACCGGUUCUUCAUACGAGCCAUUGUGCGCCACUCAGACCUUAUCACAAAGGAAGCCUCGUUCGAGUACCUGCAGAACGAGGGGGAGCGGUUGCUCCUGGAAGCCAUGGACGAGCUGGAGGUGGCCUUCAACAACACGAGCGUCCGCACAGAUUGUAACCACAUCUUCCUCAACUUUGUGCCAACUGUUGUCAUGGACCCCUCCAAGAUAGAGGAGUCAGUCCGCUCCAUGGUGAUGCGCUACGGGAGCCGCUUGUGGAAACUGCGGGUCCUGCAGGCGGAAGUGAAGAUCAACAUCCGCCUGAUGCCGACAACCAAGGCGAUUCCCAUCCGCCUCUUCCUGGCCAACGAGUCUGGCUACUACUUGGAUAUUAGUCUCUACAAAGAAGUGAAGGACUCCAGCACAGAGAAUAUCAUGUUCCACUCCUAUGGAGACAAGCAAGGGCCACUGCACGGGAUGCUGAUCAACACACCGUACGUCACGAAGGACCUGCUUCAGUCCAAGAGAUUCCAGGCACAGUCUCUGGGCACGACCUACGUGUACGACUUCCCCGAAAUGUUCAGGCAGGCUCUCUUCAAGCUCUGGGGCUGUACCGAGAGCUGUUCCAAAGACGUCCUCACCUACACUGAGUUAGUGCUGGAUUCCCAGGGGCAGCUGGUGCAGAUGAACAGACUCCCUGGUGGAAAUAAGGUGGGGAUGGUGGCUUUCAAAAUGAAGCUGAAAACCCCCGAGUAUCCGAACGGCCGGGACAUCAUUGUCAUAAGCAAUGACAUCACGCACAAGAUUGGCUCCUUUGGAGUCAAGGAGGACCUCCUCUUCCUGAGAGCGUCGGAGCUGGCCCGUGCAGAGGGCAUCCCCCGUGUCUACAUUGCGGCGAACAGCGGGGCACGGAUGGGGCUCGCCGAGGAGCUAAAGUACAUAUUCCAGGUGGCGUGGGUGGACCCUGCCGACCCCAACAAGGGGUUCAAGUACCUGUACCUGACCCCGCAGGACUACACGAGGAUCAGCUCCAUGAACUCAGUGCACUGUGAGCAUGUGGAGGAAGGAGGCGAGUCCAGGUACGUCCUCACAGAUAUCAUUGGCAAAGAGGAAGGAUUGGGUGUGGAGAACCUGCGAGCUGCUGGCACCAUUGCUGGGGAGACCUCUCGUGCAUACGAUGAAAUUGUGACCAUUAGCAUGGUGACCUGUCGUGCCAUAGGAAUUGGUGCUUAUUUGACGAGGCUGGGCCAGCGAGUCAUACAGGUGGAGAAUUCCUACAUCAUUCUCACUGGGACCAAGGCUUUGAAUAAGGUCCUGGGGCGUGAAGUCUACACAUCCAAUAACCAGCUGGGAGGCGUGCACAUCAUGCAUAAUAACGGUGUUUCCCAUGUCACUGUCCCGGAUGACUUCGAGGGGGUCUAUACUGUCUUACAGUGGCUUUCAUACAUGCCAAAGGACAAUCACAGCCCAGUGCCUGCUACUGCCAUAAGUGACCCCAUAGAAAGAGAGAUUGAUUUUGUCCCUACCAAAGCCCCCUACGACCCCAGAUGGAUGCUGGCCGGAAGACCCCAUCCAACGGUCAAGGGGACCUGGCAGAGCGGCUUCUUUGAUCACGGCUCAUUCACGGAGAUCAUGAAGCCCUGGGCACAGACUGUCGUCAUUGGCAGAGCAAGGCUGGGAGGGAUUCCCGUCGGUGUGAUUGCUGUGGAGACCCGGAGCGUAGAGCUUACGAUACCCGCUGACCCGGCCAACCUGGACUCCGAAGUAAAGAUAGUCCAGCAAGCCGGGCAAGUCUGGUUCUCGGAUUCCUCCUUCAAAACCACCCAGGCUAUGAAAGACUUCAACCGAGAGCACCUCCCCCUCCUGAUCUUUGCAAACUGGCGGGGGUUCGCUGGUGGCAUGAAAGACAUGUACGAUCAAAUACUGAAGUUUGGGGCUCACAUUGUCGACUGCAUCAGGCAGUUCAAGCAGCCUGUCCUUAUCUACGUCCCCCCACACGGUGAGCUGAGAGGAGGGUCUUGGGGGGUGCUCGACCCGACUAUCAACCCUCUGUACGUGGAGCUUUAUGUCGACAAGGAGAGCAGGGGAGGCAUUUUAGAAGCUGAGGGAACUGUGGAAAUCAAGUACCGAAGGAAAGAUUUGGUGAAGACCAUGAGAAGACUUGAUGCAGUUUACGGCAGACUUGUUGAACAGUUGGGGACCCCUGCGCUCUCUGAACCAGAGCGCAAGGAGCUGGAGAAGCAGCUGAGAGCCCGGGAGGAGCUGCUCUUGCCCAUCUACCACCAGGUGGCGGUGCACUUUGCCGACCUUCACGACACGCCGGGGAAGAUGCAAGAAAGAGGCGUUAUCACAGUUAAGCAACCAGGCUUUGCUCUCGGGUCUUGUUUUGCUGUCACCAGUGAAGCCCAGGAUAUCCUGGAAUGGAAGAAUUCCCGCUCGUUCUUAUACUGGCGUCUGCGGCGCCUGCUGCUGGAGGAGGUAGUGAAAGCAGAGAUCCUGGAGGCGAACAGUGAGCUCAGCCACAUCCACAUCCAGUCCAUGCUGCGCCGGUGGUUCAUCGAGAUGGAAGGGGCGGCGAAGGGCUAUCUCUGGGACAACAACCAGGUGGUGGUAGAAUGGCUGGAGAAGCAGUUGCAGGAAGAGGACGGCAUCCGAUCAGCCAUUCGGGAAAACAUCAAGUACUUGAAACGCGAUUAUGCCCUCAAACAUGUCCAGAGUGUGGUGCAAGUGAACCCCGAGAUCGCCAUGGACUGCAUCAUUCACAUGACCCAGCACAUCACCCAAGCUCAGCAGGCCCAGCUCGCUCAGCUCUUUUCCACAAUAGAGAACCCCAACUCCCCCUGACCAAGGAGCCUGUCGGGGAGAGGAAGUGUGCAACGAUAAGCUGCUCCUUCAGGACCAGAUACUGUCUUCAGCCCUAGUGCUGAAGUCCCAGACUCCGACUGCGUGCCUACCUAAAGGGUGCUGGUAUUGCAUUGUAUACCACUAAGACAGACUUUUUCCAAAUGUGUGUGCACGCCCUGUAUUCAUGGACAUUGUUUAAGAAAAAUAAUCCAUUGCAGUGACAUCUUUUUGCAGAAUUUGAAUUCCCCCCAGAUCUGCUGGGGUAUUGGCUGUGUGCCUGUCCCCAGCAUGUGGCCACUGCUCCAGCCAGGCUCCCAGUUCGUUUUAGAAACAAAUUGGAAAUCUUUUAAAUUCGUUUCUGGUAAGCGCAGUUUGUGAUCCUUAAAAGUUCAGAUGCACUUAGCCGCAAAGAAUGGAUGGAGCUGGGAAUAGAGAUCCAAUUCUGUAUAUGUAUAAAGUACCUGAAAGGG